AAAUAUCUAAAAUUUGGGAAGGCUGCCAUCAAACUAAUCGCCAUCGAGGACAACCCUGAGUAUUUGUCGUUUGCCCAGUGUGAUAUAAAGGAUUCAGAUGUAAUCUGUUCCACACCUGUUGAGGAGAAUAAUUUCAAAACAUGGGAUUCUUAGAUUUCAUUUGGAAGAUUUUUGGAUUUUUAAAGAAAGAAGUUAAAGUCUUAGUGAUUGGACUAGAUAAUAGCGGAAAAUCAACCAUCUUAAAUAAAUUACAACCAGUUAAUGCACAAAAGUCAAUCGUUGUCCCAACUAUCGGAUAUAAUGUUGAAAAGCUCAAAGUCAACCAAAUGAUACUUGUUUGUUUCGAUAUGUCAGGUAGCGGUGUCUACAGAAAUUUAUGGGAAAAUUUUUACAAAGAAUGUGAAGCAAUCAUUUAUGUAAUUGAUAGUUCAGAUGAAUUAAGACUUAUUAUUGUAGCAGAUGAAUUUCAACAACUUUUAAAACAUCCAGAUAUCUGUAACAAAUCAGUUCCAAUCUUAAUUUUUGCCAAUAAAAUGGAUUUACCUAACGCUUUAACAACUACAGAAGUUAUCAAAUUUCUUGGUCUUGAAAAUUUAAGAAGCAAGUCUUGGAGAAUUGUCCCAUCGAAUGCAAUAAACGGUGAUGGAUUGAAUGACGGUUUAAUGUGGUUGUCUGAACAGAUGAAACAAAAUAAAAAUUAAAAGGCGACGAUGCUGUAAAGGGUGGGAGCUACGGCAACAAGUUAUAGAAGGGAAGUAGUUUUGAGAUUCACAAUGAAUAAAUAUUAGAACUUCACUGGGUUUCGUGGAAGGAGGUGAUAGAAGCAUGGUGGAGAUGACAUGACCUCAGAAAGGAGGCAUUUGUGCUUUCAUACUGAC